UUCAAUGUGUACAAUAAAUCAACAUCUUAAUUCACUAUUUACUCAGUUAUCAGCACAAUCUCUCAAAACGGCGACAAGUAAAGAAACCAGGAAUUGAAAAAUUUAUUACCCAACUGACUCGGGAUAAGAAUAAGAAUAAGAAAAUAUUUUCUGGCGAUCAAAAAUAUCUAUUAACUUGAAACACUGUGUUAUUGUGAUCUUGUAUUUUGACCAUCCACUGCCCCUUUUUGAAUCGUAGAGCCUUACUAAUUAAUCUCUCUUGAUUAACUCAUUAGAUAAAUCAUCAUAUCCACCAUAAAAUGAAAUGCCGAGUUUAAAUAGAUUCCUAUUUAGACAAUGAUUGGUUUGAUAUUAUUUUCAUUUAUUUUCAUCCACAGCAAUCUUGGUCAAAGAUGUACUACGGAUAUUUUUAUUGACUCUAUGUUUACAUUCAGACACUAUGAUCCGAAAAAGUUAAUGGCUGUAAAAAUGAUUACAUAUGGUGAUAAUUCAUCUAUUUCUUGUUUAAUUACAAACCAAACAAAAGAUGAAUUCAAGAUAAGUUUAAAGAAGCAUUUUGAAUGGUUUUUCAGGCCGCUCUUUCAAGUUGAAAGCAAAGAUAAAAAAGUUAAAAUACGUAAAAAAAUCGAUUUAACGAAAACCAAUAAGACAAUCUAUGCUACAGGAUCGUGUAAUGAGUUACAAAUGUAUCGUUUCGGUCCAGACGCUGUUGGUAUUUACAGUUGUAAACCAAAGGACGGUUUGUUCAGUAGGAAAUAUGACAAACAUGUUCAAGUGGAAAUUUUUGUUGAUGGUGAACUUAUUGGACCAGACACUGGGUGUCCCGAAAAUUUAACCCUAAUCCCUACAUCUAAUAAGAAUCUCAUGCCACCCAAUUUUUUGAAUCAUUUCAAAGCGAAGCAAAAUCGCUCCCUCCAUAUUAAACGCCAUGAAGGUGUUGAAUCAACCCAAUUUUAUGUGCCAUCUUUAGAGCAGGAUUGCACUCCUUGUUUUAGUCUUAAAGAUCCAAUCGACAAGACAGGAAUUCUGGUAGAAAGAAAUUCUUGUGUUCAAGGAUAUUUCGUUAUAAGAACAGAGCAUUUUGGAACAAACACAUUGGAAAAACGUUAUUUUACAUCAUUUCAUUCAUGUGAGAUUUUGCGGGAUGAAGUUUACUAUUCGAACAGGCCGACUUGUUUAAAUGAAUCAAUUUGUGUGCCUGAAUUAUGUUCAUUGCCUAUUGACGUGAAACCAAUUGAUUUGUCUAAAAAUUUUUCAGUAAACUUUAAGGUUAAAAAAAGCAAAAAAUUCGAAAUUGAUCCAAAUGCUCUCAAUAUUGCCAGUUAUAUCGAGGAACCUGAAGGGUAUAACAUUGAAAUGCAAUGUCCAAUGAUCAAUGCCACUGAUCCCAAAGAAAAAGGCAGGGUUCGUUGGUACAAGUGUAACCAGGUGUGUAUCAAGAUAACCAAGAGUCAACGACAAUUCAUCAGAUACCAUAUGAAACAGUCAGACAAAACCAUCAGAAUAUAUAAACUUCAAGCCAAUGAUACUGCCAAAUUUGCAUGUGUUAGACAUAAAAUAAUUUUGGGUGCUUUGAGUUUGGUAGUUACACCUCCACUUGGUUAUUUCGAUGUUCGAAGUCCUAUCGGAUCGAUGUUUGCGUCAACAUUUUUUGUAUAUUUUGUUUAUACAGUCUUUUGCAUUUUUCGCAUCUCGGGAAAAAAUAUUGCAGCAAAGAUGAAAAAUAAGACGCAAAAUAAGGGAGAUCAUAAGCGAAUCAAAUAUAAAAAGUUGCCUAAAAAUUCAUGAUACAAACUUGAAUGAAAAAUGAAUAAAUAAAGACAAAAAUUUCCAAUGAAUUUUUAUCUUACCAACCGACAAAAUAAUAACACGCAGAAGUAAGAAGGCCAAAUUCAAAAUUAAUCUGAAACUGAAAGCCAUAAGCGCUUUAAAAUUUUAAGAAGCUUAACUGAUUGAUCAUAAAAGACAUAAGAAACGAAUUGAGUUUUGUCAUUUCUAGUUUCACUACCGACAUAAACAUGUCUAUUUACAAUAAUGUUUUAUUCAGUGUUGCCAGAGCUUCAGCUCCGGAGUUCAUCAGUUUAGUAACACCGACUUUCAACGCUCUGGUUGUUCCUUCAGUCACUUUUAUCAUCUCAAUUAUUGGAAGUUUAAUUACACUGCAAUCUGGAGCGAAAGACAUGGCCUUACAGUACAAUCGGUUCAUCAAUGGAUCUGGUUACAAUUCAAGUGUUCACAAUCUCUCCCGUUUUAAAAUAUUGGAUUUGAUUUUUGAUGAAUUUGGUCUGAAUGGUUCAAAUUGUGAUGAAGAGUUUGCUUGUGAAAUUGGUCGCAUCACAAGUGAAAAUGCUCCUUUGGUGAAAUUCCUGGCUUCGAAAGUUUGGAGUAAUUCAACCCAAUUGGACAGGAAUCAAUUCUUGACAAGACGCGAAAAGGUUUUUAUUCACAGUUUAUUGCAGCCUCAAGAAUGUAAGAAGACAAAUUACAAUUGUGGAAUCUUACAAGAAAUGAACAAAACUGUAACAAGAAUGAGGGAUCAAAUGCUUUCGGCAAUAACAACCACAACAACACCAGCUCCAGUCCAGCCCAGGUCAAGAUUCGGAUUGAGUUUCGAUCUGAAAAAUUACUUGGAAAUAUUGAAUGAAAUCAUCGAAAAAUAAUGCUCCAUUUUAAUCCGUAUUUCCAUAGAGCAUAACAGUCUUCACCUUCAGCAUGAGCUUCAACUUUGGGACGUUUAUUUUUGCU